ACCCAUGAUGCUUUGCAAUGGCCAUACCAAUCAAGUACCUGCAAGGAUGAAUGGGAGGAGCUAACUCUUCUAUUUACAACCAUCACAUCAAAUUUCAACAGUGACAUCAAGACAAUAGUGUCACGGUGACUGUAGCUAACGGAGACGACCAGAGGAUUAGAAUAAGUGCUGCUAUAUAGAGCAGCCUCCGCGUUCCUCCUGCUGCAGGCAUUGUGCUGCUCUGAAGGGAAAGCAAAAAGGGCAAUGGAUAGAGGAGGUGCCAUUCCAGUUUAUAAAUAGAAAAGAGCCAAUGGGAUAAUGUCUGAUCGCUUGGAGGAUUUCACGCGUUUCCCUCACCAUCUUUUAGAAUGAAAAAGACCAGUCAUGCACAUGAAAACAACACCGAAAUGAUCCUAAGGAAAUCGUGUUCUGUCAGAUUCAGUUCCAGUGAACCAGAGAACCAGGACCAGUUGCCAAAUUCUGACAGUCAUAAUCACAGCCAUAAAAAACUGCUAUUCCAUGACUCAAAGGAAUUCCGAUGCAAACCUUCUGCAAAGGAAAUGAAACUUUCAAACAAGCCUCAACCAAGAGUACAGAAGCAAAAAAAGGAGAUGCUUCAUGAUGAUUUUCCUGGUGACAAAAGACCACAAAAAGACCUAUGCUUAAAGUAUGACUCCCAUGAUUUCCCCAGUACUAGAGAGAGCGCGACAAACCAGUCUGGUUAUUUAAAUGGGUUGCAUGAAUCACCCGUGAUUCCUAUAGCCUUAUCAGACAACGCCAGUGCAAAAUCACCUCUGCAUGAAAGUGAGUCUUUGGAGAAAUUCUUUAUGGACUUUAAAUCUGCCAGACUCAUCAGUGAAGAUGAAGACAGCGCAAGUGACCUCUCUGAUUCUGAAAGGAUCCCCAUGCCACCAUCAACAUUUACACCUCCAGGACUGAUCCUGAGGGCAGAAGAGAUAUUGCCUGGAUGUUUCAGUGACCUAAACCCCGAUGGCAAUAAGUUCCAGUACCCUGACUUCCUCCCUUCACCUUACAAUUCGUGGAACUUGCCAAAGCUUGCAACUCUCAUAAACACCGAGGAGAAAAAUUCAUUGAGAUCUAUACCAUCAGGAUUCCUAGAGAAAUAUAUGGACCGGCUUCUCCAGUUAGAAUGGCUUCAAAUUCAAACUGUAGAGGCUGAAAAGUCAAAAGUUGCUAAGGCAAGGCUUGGUAUCCCUCACAAUGGGAAAACGCAAAAGAGUAAAUCAGGCAAACAGAUAAAUAUUUCUAAAGUAAAUGAUGGCCAAGAAAACCACACCUACAGAAAAACUUUUCAUACUGAAGAGCGUGCUUUGAAACGUGCAAAAAAACUAAGUACUAAGGUUUCUGAUGAAACAUCAGGUUGUUUUUCUGCUCAGAAGCAGACACUAGAAGACAAGUGUGUGACUAAAAGAAGCACAGCAGCCAACUUCACACAAACUAACAACAAAAAAUCUGAUUGCAACCCCAAAACUCAGAGUACCACACACAUCAGACCCCCAAAGCAAGUCUUGCUCAUCCAUGGUCAACAAGGAACAGAAAAAACUAAAAACUCCACUAUUGACAGCAACCAAAAAGUGAAUGGGACCUUAACCAAUAACCACAUGGCUAUCAAACAGCCAUCUGCUGAGCGGAAAUUACAGUCAGCAAAAAUAUCUUCUUUAAAGUGAAAUAAAUGUCAUCAAUAACCUUGCAUAGAAGAACUUGUGCAAGAUGCCAAAUAUAUUCUCACAAAUAAACUGUCUACUCAACGCCUGUUUUUCAGCAAAGGAAUAAAAUAUAGAUUUUUUUA